UCUAUGCAGUUGGAUCACAUCCUCAUGAUUCGCCUUUUUUUUUUUUUUGUUUUCCUCCCCAGCUGGUGUAAAUGACUGCUGCUGCAUAUCGAGCCAAGAUAACCUGCUCAGUCAGCUGGAGCCCCCUACGGACAUCUGUCUCUCUCUCUCUCUCUCUCUCUCUCUCCCUCAGCUGAUGGAAAACUGCCAGUACCCUGUGAAUGGAAGAGACUAGAGCUGUGGCAACAGUAACUGCAGAAGCAGUCUCAAGAAGCAGCUAAGCAGUCUAUUGUUCCCUCGCAGAAGCCAGUCUUUUACCUAACAUGCACAAUCGAUGGGAAGCAGCUUGUACUUUGUGUUCUUAAUGAAGAAACAUUGAAUGAGAGAGGGGCAAAGAAGUGUGCCUCCUGUUCUGCACCAGCAUUUUUUCUCUUUUGUUUGGUGGAUUGUGUUUUGAGGUCAAACUGCUGACGGAAUGGGGCUGACAAGGAAAAGAAGAAAUGUAUUCAUUACUCAUGGAGGGUCUGCCAAGGUUUCUGUCCCUUGCCUUAGAGCACUGAUAAUGCUUCUGUUUGCAAUCUGGGAUACUGCGGCACAGAGUGAAGGAGAAAUUAAAUCUACGUACAUAUGGAAGACGGGUCCCUGGGGCAGAUGCAUGGGAGAUGACUGUGGUCCUGGCGGCAUCCAGACAAGGGCAGUAUGGUGUGCACAUGUGGAAGGCUGGACAACACUACCAACAAACUGCAAGCAACACGAAAGGCCAGAAAAUCAGCAAAACUGCUUCAAAAUCUGUGAAUGGCAUAAAGAGCUUUAUGACUGGCAACUCGGUGACUGGAACCAGUGCAAGCCUGUCAGUUCCAGAUAUGUAGAGAAACCUCCUGAAUGUAUUAGAGGAGAGGAAGGAACUCAGAACAGAGAUGUAUCCUGUGUCCAAAAAUCAAAUGGUGCUCCAGCUGAGGAUGCCAUAUGUGAAUAUUUUGAGCCCAAACCACACUUAGAACAGGGUUGUCUUAUUCCAUGCCCUCAAGACUGUGUGGUAUCAGAAUUUUCUCCAUGGUCUGAGUGUUCUAAAACGUGCGGCAGUGGAUUACAACAUCGGACUCGUUCUGUUGUUGCCCCGCCAUUAUUUGAUGGAAGACCCUGCCCUAACUUGACAGAGUUCCAGGCCUGUCAGUUCAAUCCUUGUGAUGCAGAAGAAAGCCUGUACAGUCUAAAAGUUGGUUCUUGGAGCAGUUGUUCACUACCGCAUUCAAGAGAAGUACGGCAAACAAGAAAAAAAGGAAAGAACAGAGACAAGGAUAAACAAAGAGAAAAGGGUGUAAAAGAUGCUGAAAUGCGAGAACUUAUCAAGAAAAAAAGGAAUCGGAAUAGACAGAAUAGACAAGACAAUAAAUUCUGGGAUAUACAGAUUGGGUACCAGACGAGGGAGGUUACUUGCACUCACAAAAGUGGAAAAACAGUUGCAUUAAGUUUUUGUCAACAGGAGACAAUGCCAGUUACUUUUCAGUCAUGUAUCAUGACAAAGGACUGUCAAGUGUCUGAAUGGACUGAGUGGAGUCCUUGUUUCAAGGCUUGCUAUGAAAUAUCAUCUCCUAAAGGUAUCCGAAUAAGAACUCGGACAAUUAAACAAUUUCCUGUUGGUGGUGGAGCAGAAUGUCCAGAGUUAGAAGAAAAGGAGCAGUGCAGCCUUCAAGGAGACAGCAUCCCACCAUGUGCAGCGUAUGCUUGGAGGACUACUGAGUGGAGUGAAUGUCGUGUGGACCCAUUGCUUAACCAGCAGGAUAAAAGAAGAGGGAUUCAGACAGUACUAUGUGGAGGAGGGGUACAGACUCGAGAAGGUUACUGUGUGCAAGCGAAUGAAAACCUCCUUCUUUAUUUAAACACUCUCAAGGAAAAGGAAGAAAGUCAGUCUCAGACCAAGUCGAAGCCUAGCACAGCACCACAUCUAUCAAUCACUUUUGAAAUAACAGCAUCAAAACCUGUGGACAACAAGCUCUGCUCAGAACCAGUACCUAAUACCACACAGUUAUGUCAUGUACCUUGCCCAAUAGAGUGUGAAGUUUCCUCUUGGUCAGCUUGGAGACCCUGCACAUAUGAAAGCUGUGAUGAUCAACAGACAAAAAAAGGCUUUAAGCUCAGAAAAAGGAUUAUUGUAAAUGAACCCACUGGUGGAACUGGAAACUGUCCUCAUCUGAUUGAAGCAAUCCCUUGUGAGGAACCUUCAUGCUUUGACUGGCGGAUAGUGCGGCUUGGCGAAUGUGUGCCUGAUGAUGGAAAGCCCUGUGGGCCCGGGACUCAAAUUCCAGAAGUUGUCUGUGUCAACAAUGAUGGGGAUGAGGUUGAAAGACAGCUGUGUAUAGAUGCAGUCUUUCCAGCUCCAAUUAUCUGUGAUAUUCCCUGUCCAAAGGACUGUGUCCUCAGCAUGUGGUCCGAAUGGUCUUCGUGCUCACACACCUGCUCUGGAAAAAACACAGAAGGAAGACAGAUGAGAACACGCUCCAUCCUGGCAUAUGCAGGUGAAGGAGGUAUCCAAUGCCCAAACACUAGCUCCUUGCAGGAGGUGCGCAGCUGCAAUGAACAUCCAUGCACAGUGUACCACUGGCAGAGCGGUACCUGGGGGCCAUGCAUAGAGGAUACAUCUGUGUCGACUCUUAAUUCUUCCUCCAGCUGGAGCGGUGAGGCUGCCUGUGCUAUGGGAAUGCAGACAAGAAAGGUCAUCUGUGUACGAGUCAAUGUGGGGCAGGUAGGCCCCAAAAAGUGCCCUGAAAGUCUGCGACCAGAAACUGUGAGACCGUGUUUAUUACCUUGUACAAAGGACUGCAUUGUGACACCGUACAGUGACUGGACACCAUGUCCUACACCUUGUGAAGAAGGUGAUAUCACAAUAAAGAAACAAGUCCGUCACAGAGUUAUCAUCCAGUUUCCUGCCAAUGGUGGCCGUGAUUGCCCUGAGACUCUUUAUGAGGAAAAGGACUGCGAGACUCCUCCUGUGUGCUAUAGCUACAGAUGGAAAACUCACAAGUGGAGAAGGUGCCAGCUAGUGCCAUGGUAUGUUCGUCAAGACAGUCCUGGAGCACAUGAGACCUGUGGACCUGGUUUGCAAACCCGAGCGAUAAGCUGCCGCAGACAAGAUGGAGGACAAGCUGAUAUUGCAGACUGCCUUAAAUAUGCAGGAACCAUGCCAUCCUUGACCCAAGCAUGCCAAAUUCCUUGCCAGGAUGACUGUCAAUUCACAAACUGGUCCAAGUUUUCAAUGUGCAGUGGAGAAUGUGGAUCAGUUCGCACUAGGAAGCGUUCACUUGCUGGAAAAAGUAAGAAGAGAGAAAGAUGCAAAAAUACACAGGUAUACCCCCUGGUCGAAACUCAGUUCUGUCCCUGUAACAAGUACACUGCACAACCAGUGGGAAACUGGUCCGACUGCAUUCUACCUGAAGGAAAAGUGGAAGUGAUGCUUGGGAUGAAGGUUCAGGGUGACAUCAAGGAGUGCGGACAGGGAUAUCGCUAUCAGGCCAUGGCAUGCUAUGAUCAAGAUAACAGGCUUGUGGAGACAUCACGAUGUAACAGCCAUGGCUACAUAGAAGAAGCAUGUAUUAUUCCAUGCCCUUCUGACUGCAAGCUGAGUGAAUGGUCCAACUGGUCACGCUGUAGUAAAUCUUGUGGAAGUGGAGUGAAAGUGAGGUCAAAGUGGCUUCGAGAAAAGCCAUAUAAUGGUGGAAGACCAUGUCCCAAAUUGGACCAUGUCAGUCAGGCCCAGGUUACUUUGCAUUUCAAACAAGUAGAAGGACUGCUUUUUAAUGUGUAUGAGGUUGUCCCUUGCCACAGUGAUUGCAGUCAGUAUGUCUGGGUCACUGAACCAUGGAGUGUCUGCAAAGUGACCAAUGUGGACCUGAAAGAAAACUGUGGGGAAGGUGUUCAAACAAGAAAAGUCCGGUGUGUGCAGAACACAGUUGAUGGCCCAUCUGACCCUGUAGAAGACUACCUGUGUGAUCCUGAAGAAAUGCCACUUGGUGCCAGAAAAUGUGCACUGCCAUGUCCUGAAGACUGUGUUAUGUCAGAGUGGGGGCAUUGGAGCAAGUGUCCACUGCCCUGCAAUGAAAGCAGUGUCCGUGAGAGAUCAUCGAUUCCAAUAAGAAAACCUCCUGAUGGAAAGACCUGCCCUGAACCAACAGAGACAGAGUCCUGUAACCUAAAUAAAAAUUGUCAUCACUACAUGUAUAAUGUCACAGACUGGAGUACUUGUCAACUGAGUGAGAAAGCUGUUUGUGGAAAUGGAAUCAAGACCAGGAUGCUUGACUGUGUCCGCAGUGAUGGAAGAUCAGUGGAUCUCAGAUAUUGUCAAGAGCUUGGCUUGGAAAAGUCUUGGCAGAUGAACACAUCAUGUGUGGUGGAGUGUCCAUUGAACUGUCAGCUCUCAGACUGGUCAUCGUGGUCAGAAUGUUCCCAGACAUGUGGCCUUACAGGGAGAAUGUGGCGCCACAGAAAAAUAAUCCAGUCUUCUCAAGGCGAUGGCAGACCAUGUCCUUCCCAGAUGGAACAAUCCAAGCCAUGUACCAUAAGGCCUUGCUACAAGUGGCAAUAUGACCAAUGGUCUUCAUGCAAAGUUGAGGAUGCUCAGUGUGGACAAGGAGUUAGGUUUCGAAACAUCACCUGCAUGGUGUUUGAUGGGUCCCAAGAAGAUGAGGGGAAGGUUGUGGAGGAGGAAUUAUGUGGAGAUUUGGAACCAUCUGUAGAUGGAGACAAACAAAUUCUCCUGGAAGAGGAUUGCACAGUUCCAUGUCCAGGUGACUGUUAUUUAAUGGACUGGUCUACAUGGAGUCCAUGUCAGCUAACUUGUGUGAAUGGAGAAGAUUUUGAUUUUGGUGCAGUUCAAGCCCGUUCCCGUGCAGUGAUCAUUCAGGAACUUGAAAAUCAGCACAUGUGCCCAGAGCAGGCCUGGGAAUCUCGGACAUGCACGGAUGGGCAAUGUUACGAGUACAAGUGGAUGACUAGCCCAUGGAAAGGAUCUUCACGGAUGGUCUGGUGUCAGCGAUCGGAUGGGCUAAAUGUUACAGGGGGAUGUUCACUUGUAAGUCAGCCUGAUUUUAACAGAUCAUGUAACCCACCGUGCAUCAGUCCGCAUUCGUACUGUACUGAAAAUGGAGUGUGUGGCUGCCAAGAAGGUUACACAGAAGUUACAACUUCUGGUGGAAUUCUUGACCAAUGUACUCGCAUUCCUGUCUUAGAGAUUCCCACUGAAGGGAACAAAAAAGGUGAUGUGAAAACGAGCCGUGCAAUCAAUCCCACUCAGGCAACCAACAGUAGCACAGGACGUGGAGGAAGAACAUGGUUUCUGCAACCAUUUGGACCAGAUGGCAGGCUGAAGACUUGGGUUUAUGGUGUUGCUGCUGGAGCAUUUGUUCUGCUCAUCUUCAUAAUUUCUAUGAUUUAUCUAGCCUGCAAAAAGCCUAAGAAACCACAGAGAAGACAAAACAACAGAUUAAAACCUUUGACCCUUGCCUAUGAUGGUGAUGCAGAUAUGUAAAUUGUCUUGCCAGUGAAGUGUCCUUCAGGCGGGUAAAGUGUGUUGUUCAGCACAGACAGUAUACUUUACAGUGGAUUCUCAUCAUAGUGGAAAUUUCUAACUGCUAACAUCUAACAGCAUAAACUAAGUGAUAUGAAUGCCCAUGAAAUGCUUCAGUUAUUGUUUCUUAAAACGGAUUAUGUGUUGGCUAAAGUGAUGAAGGAUGACAGUCGUGCUUGCUAGAAGCAUUGGAUGAACUGCAUAUUGUGAGUUGUUAUGCUCAUAUGUAGACGGCUUAGUCACAGAGCAUACUUAUGGCUACAUGGGAGCUACUAUCUCUGAUGCCUGCUGUACAUGGAAUAGGUGUUGCUACAGUACUGCAGAAUCUGAUAAAUGGCACCUGAUCGUAAACUGAGAUCAUCAGUCAUUAUGCAGACAUCGAGACAACUUGAACUGACUUUUUAAGUAAGGCUUACAGAUGUACAUCCGCAUAGUCAGACAGCAUAUGUAUGUAGUAGUUUUGCCUGUUCUUCUGCUCAGAAAGCCAAGGAACAAUUAUGUGCUAAUUUCGUAACAAUUUCUAAGGCAAAUCUUCUGAAUGCAGUACAGCUCAUUGUGAACCUAUAUAAACAACUUCUUAACAACCAAACACUAAACUAGAAGACUGAUUUCUGUGAUAACUCCAGGCUAUUAAUGUAUAUACUCAAGAGAUGUUCUUGAUGUUCCACAUUGGUUAUCAUUCAAGUAUUAACAACCAUAUAUGUAAAUCUGACCGCAGGUUUCUACUUUCUCAACAUAUUGCUGCCAGCAUCUUUUUUGCUGUAUGCAAGGCACAUUUUUGCACUAUAUUAGUGCAGCAUGGGAUGCACUUAUCUAGUAAUGCCAUAGAACUGCCUAUUUUACUACAGGAUGACAAGUCUUGUGCUAGCAGUAUCAGUUAGAUGUUUACAGAACACGUCAUUGUUUAUGACAUCUUGGAGAAAGUAGGGUUCAUUUCUCUACUGUAUCAGGAAACAGUUGCCUCAUACAUGUACAUAAUAUUUAUUAUUAUGAGAUCCAUUUUGUAAAAAAAAAAACAAAAGAAAAAAGCUACUGAUGUGGUUCUUGCAGUGGCAGUAUUACUGGUGGUGUUUAGCUUCUUCCUGAAAGAUUUUGAAAAUGUGAUUUUUUUUCUUAUACACUUCAGUGUCCUGUAGCCUUCAUGUGGUAUGUAUGAUAUUUUUUUACUGUUUAAUUUAGAACACAGGUGUCAUUCAUGCUGCCUAGCAUUGCCGAAACAAAGUGCUGUAAAAGUAGUCAACAUUUACUCUGUGCAAGUAAUCCAAAUAAGUGAGGGUGUAAACACCUGCCAAUAGUAAUGAUGAAGACUAAAACAGCUCCAUCAAAAGGUUAGAGUGGUUAAGUCUGAAUUUGGGAUGCGCAUGCUUUUCACUAAAUGCACUGGGAACAUAAUUUAACAUAACAUACUGCAAAUAAUAAAUUGCUAAUCUCAGUUUGUUAGCUUUCGUAAUGAAACAGUUGUCAUGAAUGGUACCGCCAGUUUACUGAAAGCAUUCUGGAAAAUGAAUAAAUUAUAAUUUUCAAAUUAAAUUGACCAGAAAUCAUCCAAAUGUCUAUAUUCCCAUUAAAAAGAUUCACGUCUUCUUUCUGAAAAGCUGGAAUAUGUUAGUCCAAUUAGAAAGCAAAAUUCAGAAUUGUUACUGUGAUGUACUGUUUGAGAGGUUUGCCAUAAUCUAAGAUUCAGAUCAUACUGAUACAUGUUAAUUAUUGUUGGACUAACAGCAGAUAUAAAAACAAUUUAUUCAAUACGAGUAUGUAGUAUGAUAUCCAAAGAAAUGUCCAGUACAAUAAUGCCUGUCACAAUGUGGUUGACUGACAUUAGAAAAGUGCAUACUUUACAUAAGUAAAAAUGAAUCUACUAAUAAUUUAUUUUAGUUUGAAGUGAUUAUUUCCAGGAGUUUUUAAAGAACCAUAUGGGCAAAACACACAUUUAGUACUGUAGUUAUAAAACAAUUCCACUUGCAAUAACUUUAUUUUCUUCCUCGAAAGAGAAGAGAAAGAAAAUCUGAUCCACAGAAUGUUGAUGUUAUUUCUGGACUGCUGUCUCCCUGAGUUACUACAGGCUGAAGCUUUGACCAAAUGGAAGGAACACCACAUGAAGCUUCAAACCAUCAAAUAAAUAAAUAAAUGCCAUUAUUUUUCUUGAGGGGUGGCAACAUCAUCACCACUUCACCUCUAUACCUAAACAGAUUGAUUCCAAGGUUGCAUAAAAAUGGAGAAAUGAGAAGAUAUCACAAAAAGUGAAUCACUACCAGAGGGUAGCAAAAAAAUGCAGCAGCAAUGACUUUCUGUGUGGUAAAGUCCACUCACUGAAUUUCAAAUCUAUGAGCUGAAAUCAAUGAACUGAAACCUUUUUCAGUGAGUACUUGUCAGCUAGUAAGGUAACCUAUUAAUGAACUUAUUAACUAAUGUUAUUUAUACAUGUAUGUAAUGUAAAGCUGUUAUCAAUAUAAUUAAGCAACUAGUUUGCAAGAUGCAAUAUCUAUAUGUCUAUUUUUCUGUUUUGCUUGAAAGUAAGAUUUUUUUCUGCUUUGUCUAUGAUUAAAAUGGUUGUAAUUUUUUCCCUUGGAAAGCAAACUUGGAAAUUAGAAGUACAAGAAUAAUUUUUCCAAUUUUUAUAAGAACAGUAGACUGAAACGGCUUUCACUUCCAGAUAUAAUUAAACAAAAUUUAGACAUUCGAAAUGUAUAUUGGCAAUCUUAACAAAAAGCAGAUAAUACAUUUCAUGAGAUUUUGCAUUUUAGAAGCUAGAUGUUAUGACAUAAAGUUACUUUGCUCAUGAAUACUUUGAAAAAAUCCCUGCAUCAUUAGGAUUUUUAAAUCAAUGACUCAGACAGAAACUUUUAGAUCUUAAACACCACACACUUAGAAGAACAAAAAAUUAAUUAUAAUGUUUUAUAAUACUAAGGAAAUAAUAGCAUGAAAGAUAGAGAUAGGAAGCAGUAGUAAUAUGAUACACUUUGUUGGAUUAUCAUUCAGCUUACAAUAUACAGUUUUGAUUAAGUUUGGAGCUGGAUAACAAUGACCUUUUUGAAGUGUCUCUAUGUUGUGUUAAUACAAAAGAAACGUAAUGUCAGUGUUAUAGGCAGACAAGGAAUAUACCAUGCUAGGAUAUAUAGCACCUAGUAUUUUGGUACAUGUAGUAUCAGACACAACUAUUUAAAUAUCCAAGAGGAUUUCCAAGCUUUAACAUUAUGUUAUCAGAGCUGCUGCAAGAAGGAGGAAUAAAAAAUGUAUUUCUAUUUCAAGUUACUCCAUUGACAUUAUUAUUGAAUUACUGAUUACAUUUACAUGAAAAUAUUUAUCCUAAUUUAAUUUACUUGAAUAUCUUUUGAAUGUGGUGGCAGCUUUUGAAAUAAUGUUUACCACUUUUCUUUACAGUUUGUUUGUAAAUAUGAUGUGCAAUGUAUUUUUUUAAUUUUCAAGUUAAUGUAUAUUUCUUUUAUAUGCAAAACAAUUUACAAACCACCAUUGCAAGCUAAUGUACAGCAUUAUAGAAAUGUCUUUACUUAAUAUAUAACACAUGAACUGAUGGUAUGGCUACAGCAUUUUCAUGCUAACUUAUUUGAAAGUAACAUAUACUGCUGUCAAUAAAUAUUUAAAAUCUG